UAAAAGGCCAGCACAAAUGUGAGCACAGCCCCAUUUAACCAUGAGAGCAGUUGUGCUCGCUCUGUCUCUAGCCCUAGUGGCUGGACAAGCUUCCAACCAUGGUGCAACUGUGUUUCCUGAAUUUUCUGCUGGCAAAACGUAUGUGUAUAUGUAUGAGAUGUCCGUCAUUAACGGUCUACCCGAGGAGGGUUUGGCAAGAGCUAAGAUGAACGCCAGCUGCAAAUUUCUCAUAAGUGCAUUUGACAAAAACACAUACAUGUUAAAGGUUGAGGAUGUGAUGAUGCAAGAGUUCACUGGCUUUUGGCCAAAGGAACAUGCAGAAUCAAUUGGGAAUAUUCCUAAAGCAUUUACACCAGAGUUCAAUAUUCCCAUCAAGUUUGAAUACAGCAAUGGUGUUGUAGGAAAAGUUUAUGCCCCCGAAGGAGUCUCAGAUUUGGUCCUGAACUUCUACAGAGCCGUCCUUAACAUCAUUCAGCUUAACAUCAAGAAGACACACAACGUUUAUGAUCUCCAGGAGACUGGAAUUCAAGGCGUGUGCAAGACCCUCUACUCUGUUAAUGAAGAUGUAAAGGCUGAACGCAUUCACCUGACUAAAACCAGGGACAUGAACCACUGUCAGGAAAGGGUCUAUAGAGACAUGGGUUUGGCAUACACAGAGAAAUGCGACAAGUGCCAGCAGGAAUCCAAGAAUUUAAGAGGUUCAACAUCAUACAGAUACACCCUGAAACCAGUUCUUAGUGGUGUUAUGAUCCUGGAGGCAGAUGUAAAUGAGCUUAUCCAGUUCUCACCGUUCUCUGAGAGUUAUGGGGCUGCUCAAACAGAGACCAAACAAACCUUCGUCUUCCAAGAGAUUCAGGAUUCCUCCAUUGCACCAAUUUCUGCUGAGUAUCAUCACCGUGGAUCUCUCAAGUAUGAGUUCACUAAUGACUUUGAGUGGACACCACUUCAGCUUGUCAAUGUCACUGAUGAACAGGCACAGACAGAGGAGCUUCUGAAUCAUCUAGUUACCCAUAAUGCAGAGAAAGUCACUGAUCAUGCUCCUCUGAAAUAUUUGGAAUUGGUUGAGUUUUUACGUCUUGCCCGCUAUGAAGACCUGGAAGCAUUCUGGAGCAAGUACAGAGAUACGCCUUCUCACAGACUCUGGCUCUUGGAAGCUAUUCCAGCCACAGGAACGUCUGCUGCUCUCAGAUUCAUCAAGGAGAAAUUUACAUCUGAAGACUUAAGUGUUACUGAGGCAGUUAGAACCUUGGUUGCAGCUGUUCACAUGGUUACAGCAAACCCUGAAUCCAUCAAGCUGUUUGAGACCCUGACAGAAGACAGCAAACUCAACGCCAACCCAGUUCUACGUGAGAUCGUCUUCCUCGGAUACGGCACAAUGAUUUCCAAAUAUUGUGCAGAGUCAGAUGUCUGUCCUGUCGAAUAUAUAAAACCAAUUCAGAAGCGUCUCUCAGAGGCAGUUUCUAAGGGCGAAACAGAAGACAUCAUUUUGUAUGUGAAGGUUUUGGGAAAUGCAGGACACCCUAGUAGCCUCAAGUCAAUCACAAAGAUUAUGCCCAUUCACGGCACUGCUGCUGCUUCUCUGCCAAUCACAGUCCAUAUUGAAGCCAUCAUGGCUCUGAGGAACAUUGCAAAGAAAGAACCAAGAAUGGUUCAGGAACUGGCUCUUCAGCUCUACAUGGACAAGGCUCUUGACCCAGAGCUUCGUAUGCUUUCAUGCAUUGUGCUGUUUGAGACCAAUCCUUCAAUGGCGCUGAUUUCCACCCUUGCCAAUGCUGUUAAGUCAGAGGAGAAUUUGCAGGUUGCCAGCUUCACAUACUCUCACAUGAAGUCCCUGAGCAGGAGCGCUUCCAUGAUUCAUCCAUCAGUAGCUGCAGCUUGUAAUGUUGCCAUGAAGAUCCUGAGUCCAAAGCUGGACAGACUGAGCUUACGUUACAGCAAAGCUGUCUAUGGGGAAGCCUAUAGCAGCUCUUUUAUGCUUGGUGCUGCUGCUACCGCUUUCUACAUCAACGAUGCUGCUACAUUCCUGCCAAGAUCUGUUGUUGCCAAGACCAAAGCCUUCUUUGUUGGAGCUGCUGCUGAUGUUCUGGAGAUUGGAGUAAGAACUGAUGGACUUCAAGAGACCCUUCUGAAAAACCCUUCAGUUCUAAAAAGUGGUGACAGGAUCACCAAGAUGAAACGUGUUAUCAAGGCCCUUUCUCAGUGGAGGUCCUUGCCCAACAACAAACCCUUAGCUUCUUUCUAUAUCAAGCUUUUUGGACAAGAGAUUGCCUUUGCGAACAUCGAUAAACCCAUGGUUGAGCAGGCAAUUGCGCUAGCCAGUGGUCCCUCUGUUCAGGCUUUUGGUGUAAAAGCUCUGAAGACUCUUUUACUCUCUGGUGUCAGUUUCAACUAUACAAUGCCUGUGAUGUAUACUGAGAUGCGACGCGCAAUACCUACUGCUACUGGUAUUUCAGUGCAGCUCAGUCUUUUUUCUGCUGCUGUGGCUGGAGCUGUCGUUAAAAUCGAACCAACUCUGUUGCCACAUCUGCCUGAAGACUUUCCUCUCUCUCGCCUUCUGGAGACAGACAUCAAGCUUGAGACUGAAAUCAGACCCAGUUUUGCUAUGGACACCUAUGCUGUGAUGGGAAUUAACAAUCCUUUCUACCAUGCAAUCAUUGUGUCAAGAGCUAAAUUUAACUCAACUCUGCCCUCCAAAAUCUCCGCAAGACUUGACAUUAAAGAGGGUGACUUCAAGAUAGAAGUAAGAUGUCCCACUUAGAUUUUAUCAGAAAUGACAGUUUAUCAAAUGACCAGCUCUUCACUUCUUUUUACUUUAUAUCUCUUGUCUCCCUCUUGCCUCUGCAUUGCCACAUCCUCAAAACCACACUUUUCCCAUUUUCUGUAACUCAUUCCCUGUUCUUUUUUACUAUAUCAUCCUCCUUGUCCAUUUAGGUGAUAUGAUCUCCUCAAAUUUUCCAUAUCUUCCACAAACUGAUUAACAUCCUCUUUAUAAGAUCUGACACCUUCUUUGCUUUGUCCUUUUCCCAUUUUCAGUUAUUUAUGAUAACAAUUUUCAAAUACUCUUGAUUAUGAUUCAAACAACAGAAACGCCAGUCAUUCGCUUCUCAUUCAGACAUUCACAGCGGUGCAUUUCAUUCACAACAAUCCACCAGUCACACAACGCUUGCGCUUGUCCGGAGAUAAAAAUAAAAAUAAAAUGAAGGUCUUUAAGGAAACCAGUCAGGAAACCACAUCUGACAUGUGCGUAUUGAUCCUUAGGUCGCGAAGCACAACAAUGCCAGAACACAUCUGACAAAUUUCCACAACCACCUAGAAAAAUACCACGGUACCUGAUAGAGUCUAGAA